AUGCUAACAAUCGCCAUAACCGCACUUGCUUUUACCAGCAGCUUCUUGCUGCCGUUUGCGUCUGGUGUACGCAUUUUCCCGAAUAUCGAUGGCUCCCUCUCGCUUCAAGAUAGCUAUGACUACAUUAUUGUUGGCGCAGGGAUAGGUGGACUUGUCGUUGCGAAUCGCCUAUCGGAGAAUGUGUCGGUAUCCGUACUGGUGGUCGAAUCUGGAGAGCUUGAUGAUCGCGCCGAGGAUAUUUCGAUACCCGGGAAUAUUGGACUUGAAGAUCCACGUAGGUAUGAGGUAAAGCUAGAAAUGGCACCGCAGAAGUUCCUUGACGGAGAAACUCGAGUCUUUACUCAAGGAAAGGCUGUCGGCGGCAGCACGAUAGUCAAUGGUCUUGUCUGGACGAGAGGAUCAGCGGCAGACUUCGACGCAUGGGAACACCUUGGUAAUCCUGGUUGGGGAUGGAUGGAUCUUUUGCCGUACUUUCGGAAAUCCGAGAAUUAUUCAGUCCAGGUCGAUAACAAGUCAACACGAGAUAUCCCUAUAGCCGCCUAUCCAGCUAUCGGCAAGCAUGGCCAUGAGGGGCCAAUCGAAGUUGGUUAUCCAAACUAUUUUUAUAACCAAUCUUACAACUUCCUGAACGGCAUCCAAAAGCUUGGGAUACCCGCUAACGAAGACCCUAAUAGCGGGAAUGCUACGGGUGCCUGCAUAGUCCCUAGUAGCAUGACAGCGAAAAAUCAAUCUCGUUCCGAUGCGCGCACCGCAUACCUCGAUCCCGUGUUGGAGCGUCCGAACCUACAUCUCGUCACCAGUCACACCGUUACCCGUAUCCUCCAUGGUGAGGGUAGCGGAAGAUUCUCUAACUCAACUUCUACCCAUGGCGUUUCCGGCUUGAAUAUAACUGGUGUUGAGAAGGAGGUUAUCCUCGCUGCUGGCUCCAUUUUCUCGCCGGUUUUACUGCAGAUUUCCGGCAUUGGACCGGCAAAUAUUCUGAGGAAUCUGGGAGUCGACGUCGCGGUGGAUUUACCGGGAGUAGGACGCAACUUGCAGGAUCAUCCUACCCUAGAGCCUGUCUAUGACUAUGCCGCACCGGACGUGUUUUCGGCAUGGGAUAUUGUAGGAAGUAUGCGGGAUGUCGUCCGAGAGGAAUACCUAGCCAACCGUACAGGACCCUGGACGGCCCCGAUGGUAAAUGCCAUUGCCCUACCUGCUUUGAGUUGGAUAACCAAUCGUGUCCAAGAGGUGUUAGACGACGCGGCGAACGCAACAAGCAACCUGCCCUCUUCGUACGAUACAACCCUUCGCACAGGAUAUGCCGCACAGCAAGCCGAGCUUUUAUCCCUUCUCCCGCGAACUGAUACGCCAGCGUAUGAGGUAAUGUCGACAUCCUGGGGCCAACUGGCAAUAAGCGCCAUGAAGUCGUUCUCUCGAGGCACAGUCAUGGCGAAUUCGUCGUCUAUAUUUAAAAACUCUCCGCCCAUUAUUAAUCCACGAUUCUGUUCAAAUCCCGUCGACUGCGAGCUUCUACUCUUCGGGCUUGAAUUCAAUGAUCGCCUUAUCCAGACACCGCCAAUGGCUGCAUUGAAGCCAGUGCCUCCGCCAGGCUUUGGCAUCGAGGAAGCACGAAACAAGACAGCGCUCGACGAGACGAUGCGGAGGAAGAUUACUACCGGAUUUCAUCUAAGCGGCACAACCUCAAUGUUACCAUUGGCCUACGGCGGAGUAGUAGACCCGUCGCUCAGAGUAUAUGGUACGAGGAACUUGAGAGUCGUAGAUGCGGGCGUUAUACCACUGCUACCUGGCGCACAUAUCCAGGCCGCAAUAUACGCUAUUGCUGAAAAGGUAUGA